GAGUGAGCGAGCGAGCGAGCAAACAGCGGACUGGGAAGUGAAAGGGAGUACAAAAAAUGACUACGAACCAUUACGACGUAAUUGUCAUCGGAGCAGGCAUCUCAGGACUGUCUGCUGCCAAGCUGUUGUUGGAGUCAGGCCUGAGCCCUGUGGUUCUUGAGGCUCGGGACCGUGUAGGGGGAAGAACCUUUACAGUGCGGAAUAAGGAGACAAAUUAUGUAGACCUGGGGGGAGCUUACAUCGGCCCCACCCAGAACCGGAUCUUGCGGCUGGCCAAGGAGUUUGGAGUGGAAACAUACAAGGUGAACGAAGAGGAGAAUCUGGUGCACCAUGUUAAGGGGAAAUCUUAUGCAUUCAAGGGGCCUUUCCCACCCAUGUGGAACCCUCUGGCCUUAAUGGACUACAACAACCUAUGGAGGAAGAUGGAUGAAAUGGGAAUGGAGAUUCCACGAGAAGCCCCUUGGAAGGCUCCCCAUGCGGAAGAAUGGGAUCAGAUGACCAUGAAGCAGCUCUUCGACAAGCUAUGUUGGACAUGUGGUGCCCGCCGGUUCGCCACUCUCUUUGUCAAUGUGAAUGUAACAUCUGAACCGCAUGAGGUAUCCGCUCUCUGGUUCCUGUGGUACAUCAAGCAGUGCGGUGGCACCAUGAGGAUCUUCUCCACCUCCAAUGGAGGACAGGAGCGGAAAUUUGUGGGUGGGUCGGGGCAGAUCAGCGAGCACAUGGCCAGGAGGCUUGGAGACAGGGUAAAGCUGGAGAGAGCGGUCUACAGCAUAGACCAGACUGGCGACGGCGUGGUGGUCAAGACACUCAACCAGGAGACGUACCAAGCCAAAUAUAUCAUCAUUGCCACAGCACCGGGGCUGAACCUAAAAAUGCACUUCAACCCCCCACUACCGCCCAUGAGGAAUCAGCUUAUCCAUCGUGUUCCUGUUGGCUCUGUCAUCAAGUGCAUGGUCUACUACAAGGAGAACUUUUGGAGGAAAAAAGGUUACUGUGGAAGCAUGGUGAUUGAAGAGGAAGAGUCUCCCAUUGGCCUGACCCUGGAUGACACCAAACCUGAUGGAAACUUUCCUGCAAUCAUGGGUUUCAUCCUCUCCAGAAAGGCCAGGAAGCUAGUAUCACUGACUAAGGAACAAAGGAAAAGGAUGAUCUGUGAGAUUUACGCACGGGUCCUGGAAACAGAGGAGGCCUUGCACCCUGCACAUUAUGAGGAGAAGAACUGGUGUGAAGAACAGUACUCUGGGGGCUGCUACACUGCAUACUAUCCCCCCGGCAUCCUCACACAGUACGGAAAGGUUCUGCGGGAGCCAUUGGGUAAACUGUACUUUGCAGGCACUGAGACAGCUACUGAGUGGAGCGGGUACAUGGAAGGGGCAGUGCAGGCGGGCGAGAGGGCUGCCCGAGAGAUUCUCUAUACAAUGGGCCAAAUCAGCCAGGCUGAAGUCUGGCAAACAGAGCCCGAGUCGCUGGAUGUCCCAGCACUACCCUUUGUCACCUCAUUUUGGGAGAGGAAUCUGCCAUCUGUCCCAGGGUUUUUGAAGUUCAUGAGUCUGACCUCCUUCCUAGCAGUGGCCACUGUGUUUGGCUUCAUGGCCCACAAGAAAGGCCUCCUUCUCCGGAUCUGAAAGUUGCACCCAUCUACUGCUGACCUUCACCAGCAAGACUCUGCCUUCCCCUUACAAUCUCCUUAUCAGUUAUAAAGCUGGCUGGGAAGGGGAAAGAUUAAGACCUACUGUACAUUAAUCAUAACAGCCUACAGGAAACAAGCACAUCCGUAGCUCCACAAUGUUAGGUCACACUUAGGAUACAUUCAUCAUUGCAGAAGUUGUUCAGAAAAGGAAACUUUGUGCAAGUAAGAAAGGGUUUCGCAUCAAAUGAAUCAAAUCUACCGAACUGAACCAAUGAGGGACUAAUGUGAAUAGGCCAGGCCAGAAUCAUUCCAUCCACUGUCUGUAUUUUACAAAAUGCAACUUAAAUCGACUAUUCAAACAAUUGUAAUGCACUACUCACAAGUCAGUGAUUCACUAUUCCAAUCCUAUCCAUUUUAGGUGCUGUAUUCUUGUGUGACUGACAUGACAAGUCAUGAGGCAAUAAGGUGCAACAUAUCUGAGAAAUUCUUAUACUAUGUCUAUGUUCGUGAAGACUGGAAAAAUGAAAACACAUUUUCUCCUCUCAAUGAUGCUUUAUAUUGGUGAAGCAAAUUAUACUGUAUUUAAAGUCUUAGUUUCAUGGCUGAUGCUAAUGAAAGCAUUUUGAAUGUAAUAACUGAUAUAUUUGAUCAAAUCUUUGCAUAGUACUACCUACACUUGAAUAUGUAUUUAAAUGUAUUUUAUUGUAUGAAUACAAAUAUGUCAAUGUUGGCUCUUUAUAAAAGUAUAUAAUUCGCACCUGUGACAUCAGAAACCACAGAUUGAAAUAGAUUUUUACUUUCCUUUAAAAUAGCGUUUCCUGUAAUUAAACUCUCAAAUUUGACUCUCGGGUGCAUUUCCCGAGCAAUGACAAAAGUCACUGCUUAACCACCACAGCACGAUGGAGCAUUAUAGAAACUACCAACAUAGCCACGGACCUCAAAACCAUAGUGUAUAGGUUGCAAAUGGGCCCCACCAUUGUUAGACUACAAUGCUUUUAGGAAGUGCUCCCCUGGUCAGGAGUGGACAUUAGGAUGCAGAGUUAUUUUCUCACCAGUAGAUGGCGCAUAGUCCAUUCACACUCUUCAAAUCCUGCCAAAUGGCAUUUUCUGCCGCACACCAUUACGUCAUUGUUAUUGCGGUGGAAAUGGUGGAAAUAAGGGGAAGUAUUUGUCCAUGAUUUAUUUUUCAGUGCAACAUACAAGCUUUUUGUAUUGGUGAUUUGUUUUACAUUUUGUAUCAGAUAAUGCUAUUAAGCUAGAUAAUGCAAUUAAAAUAAUUAUACAUAAUUCUGGUCUAUGAAAAGGGAACUCAAAAUGCAAAUAAUUCAGCUCUGUUGUCCUGUUGUUAUGCUGUUGUGUUAUAAAAAAUAAAAGAUUUUCCCAUCAAAAA